AUGGCAGAUGUGUUUGGAAGAGAUAUUGGUGGUGAGGGUCUUGUUCAUGGUGAACAUGACAACCCCCGAGAGACAACCCAUCACAUGGGUGUACAACCACCCACAGGAAAGGAGGAUGAUAAAAAGGUGAUAGUAGAAAAGCUUUUGUUGAAUGACUCUACAGAGAGAAGUAAGACACAAAAGGGUGGUGUUUCUAUUAUUUCUAUUGUAGGAAAAGGUGGAAUUGGCAAAACAGCUCUUGCAAAAAUGGUCUUUAAAGAACUCAAAGAACAUUUUGGGAAACGUCUAACGGAAGUAUGCAAGGGAUCUGGAGAAAACCCUGAUUGUUCCUUGAGUGAGUUGUGCACACAAUUACGGAACGAGCUCUCAAAGGGAAAAUUUUUGUUGGUCCUAGAUGAUGUGUGGGAACUGAAAUCGUGGGAGGAAGAGGUAGAGGGAACAUUGAUGAUGGGUGUAACGGGGUGCAAUAUUUUGAUGACCAGUAGAAACAAAAAUGUAUCGUAUGGGAUGCGUGCUUCUUAUAUGCAUGAAUUACGAGAAUUUAGUUUUGACCAAAGCUGGGAGUUGUUUCUAAAGGAGGCAUUAAGAAAACGCCAAAUAGAAGAAGAUUUGGUGAUGCACAAGAUCAGAGAUGUUGGAGAGAGAAUAGUAAGGGAGUGUGGGGUGUUGCCGCUUGUGAUUAAGAUGGUAGGGGUCGAUGAUGCAUACCAAGAAAAUGCAUACAGAAGAUUGGAAAUUCGUCGAGGGUAG